AUGCUUAAUUCCCAUAAAAAACACAAAUAUAGAAUCAAUAAACUUCUUGCUCGGCAAGGGUUUGAAAAAUAUAGAACUGAAUCAAUUACAAAUUCUGUCACGAGUCAUCUUAAUAAAAUUCAAACUUCAUCAAUGGUAACUAAUGAUGAUUUUAAUUUAGAACAACAACAAAUCAAUUAUCAACAUGAUCUACUUCAACAAUAUCAACAACAACAUCAACAACAGCAACAACAACAAUAUCAAGUUUUACAACCCAUUAUCAAUCAAUCAAAUACAUUAUCUUAUAACCCUACUUUCAAUAAUUCUUUAAUUUCAACUACCAAUAAUUUAAAUAUACCAAGAAUUGGUGAAAAUAUUAAUGUAUGGAAUGACAAUAGUGAUGAUAUUUCCAUAGAUGAAGAUGAAGAAGAAGAUGAAAAUAACGAAGAAGAUGAUUCUUAUUCUUAUGAAGAUGAUGAUAUUGAAGAAGAAGAAGAAGAAUAUAUCAAUAAUUCAUCAACGGGUCUGAACAGAAAUGAGGAAAAUGAUGAAGUUCCAAAAUCUAUUGAACAUCCAUCUGAAAUUAUCAAAAAAGUAGUACAAAAAUUAAAUUUUAAUGAUGAUGAAGAACAAGACACAACUGAAAAUAAUUUAUCCGGUACUUAUGAAAAUAAAAAUGAAGUUUUAAUUGAAUUAUGGAAAAACCAUAGAGUAAUAGGUGAAGACAGGGGUCAUUUCUGUGAACGCUUUGCCAAUAAGAGUAUAUUUGUAAAUUAUUCAUCUCAAAGUUUGUCAAGCAAAUUAAAUAAAUUGGUUAAAAGAGGUAAAAUUUCUCCGAAUGAUCCAGCAACAAUAGAAGCUCACAAAAUUUUUGGUGUUACAUCCAUUUCAAAUAUUACAGCAUCUAUGAUAAAAGAUUAUAAUGGAGAAAAUUUCGCUCCAUUCAAAACUGUUAUAUCGGAUAUCGAAACGGAUGUGGUUGAUGCUUUAUUCAAACUCAAAGCUUAUAAAACUUCCAAAUUUUUCCUGGAAGAAUUUGGAGAUAAAGGUUUUUUUAAAAACAGAUCAACCAAAUCAAUAAAAAAUAUAAUUUGCAUGGCAAAAAAUAAAUAUGAAGCCAGUACUGCUGGUACUGUAGAUGAAAAUACAUACCAAGGAUUUAAUCCAAUGAAGAAUGUUAAACCAUUAGAAUACAAUGAUUUAGUUAUCAAAGAAGAAAUUCAAGAGAAAUUAAAUAUUGAUUUAACAAAAAUUGUCCCAUCAAAAAAAAGUUCCAAAUACAAAGACUGGGAAAUCAAAAUUAUUAAUCAUGUGUUUUCUAAAGUCAAUUCGAGCGAAAACUUUUAUACAUCAAAAGAUAUUUGUAAAGCUAUAAGCUCAAAAGGGGUAUUUGAAAAUCGCAAUCUCGAAUCAAUGUAUGAUAAAUUCCAUUCAGGUGCAUUACAACCAAAUGAAGUAAAAACAUACGAAUGGAAAGAAAUUAUGGAUGUGGAAACAAUUAAAAAAGAAAUUGGUAUUGAUUUAACAAAAAUAAAAGGUUCGUCUAAUGGAUCAAAAUUAACAAAGAAAGAAAUAAAAAUUGCAAGAUAUAUUAUACAAAAAUUCAAUUCUUUAACAAUCAACCAAGUUACACAAAUUAUUGCUGGCACCUCCAUAUUUAAAAAUAGAACUGCUAAGUCAUUGCAAUCACGUUUUUAUGAAAUUGCUAAACAACUGAUUAGUUAUUUCAGUUCUGAAAUUAAUAGAUCAAAUGAUUCUCAACCUAUAAUGGAUAUCAAAAUCGCAAUGAAUGAUUUAAGAAUAACUGAAGUUGCAAUUUCAAAGUCUAAUGCUCCUUAUUCUGAUAAGGAAGAAUUAAUUUUGCAACAACUUUUUAAAAAUUCCACAAAAGGGACCACAAUUCGUGAUUUUAUUAAUAAAUUUGGUAACGUAGGUUUAUUUGAAAAUAGAUCAAAAAGAUCAUUAUCUAGUACAUUACACAAAUUAAAAGCAAGAAACAAAAUAGAAGUUUUAGAUGAAAUAAAACUUAUAGAUUAUUUUAACGUUGACGAUAUAAAUUCAAUUGCUAUGAAGGAUGUACUUGAAUAUCAAUUUAAAAAUUUUGCCCAACCAACUGGUGAGUAUAAAAAAGCCGAAAUUGAACUAAUAAAUCAUUUGUGGAAUUUGUUCCUUGCUGAUUCAGAAGAGCCAUCAUCUAAGAGUAUUGUAAAAACAGAAUUCGCGGACUUGCUCACUUCAAACGGAUUCUUUAAGAAUCGAAAUGGGCUUUACACAAAAAUCUUAUCAUUAAAUUUAAUUGAAUCACCACUAAAUCAAGAGUUCAAAUUAGAUGAAACAAUUUUAAUGAAUGCUGUUAAAGAAAAAAUCGAUUUAAACAACUUCGUGUGUCAACCUACGAAAUCAGAUUUUCUGUUUAAAGAACAAGUUAUUUUGGAUUUGGUCUUCUCGUUUGCCAGUAAUGAUAUAACAUCAAUUACUUUGGCCAAUUUGAUUUGUUCCAGCGAAUUAAAAGACAAAUUCUUCAAAAAUAGACCAACUGAAUCCUUAUGUCAAAAAAUUCAAAGAAUGAGAGAACAUAAUUUAAAUGAUAUUUUCAAUGUUGAACAAAUUGAAAAUAUUUCAAUUCCAAUGGUCAACAACUUAAAUUCAAGUCAAUAUAAACCUAGAGCACUUUCAAGUAAUUAUAGUUACAAUGAAAUGAAAUUGUUCAUUUCAUUAUAUGAUCAUAAAGAUGAAUCAAUGUCAACUUAUGACUUCUUAAAUGCCUUAUCUGGAAAAGGCUUUUACAGAAAUAGAGAUUCUGAUUCAUUGAAAAACUUAAUGAGAAAGCUUAUGAAAGAUAAAGAUAUAAAAGUAAUUAUUGAUUUUUGA